CCUGCAGGAGCUCUUCUCCGUGCGGGACCUCUUCGAAGCUCGCGUCCACCUCGGCCACAAGAGCAGCAGCCGGCACAGGUUCAUGGCGCCAUAUCUCUUUGGCUGCCGCCUGGAGCAAGACAUCAUCGACCUGGAGCAGACGGCGAAGCAUCUCCAGCUGGCCCUCAAUUUCACAGCCCACAUCGCCUUCCGCAAAGGCAUCAUCCUCUUUGUCAGUCGCCAUCGGCAGACUUCGCACCGUGUGGAGACCGUAGCCAAGGAGUGUGGGGAGUUUGCCCACACACGCUACUGGCAGGGUGGCUUGCUGACAAACGCCCCCAUCCAGUACAGGGCUGGGAUCCGGCUGCCAGACCUCCUCAUCUUUCUCAAUACUUUCAACAACGUCUUUGAGCCUCACUUGGCCAUCCGGGAUGCAGCCAAGAUGAACAUCCCCACGGUGGCUGUGGUGGAUACCAACUGCAACCCCUCCCUCAUCACCUACCCAAUUCCGGGGAAUGACGACAGCCCCUCGGCCAUCAACUUCUAUCUCUGGCUCUUCAAGACCACCAUCCUGAGAGCCAAGGAGAAGAGGAAGCAACUCGAGGCUUUAUUCCGGCUGCAGAAGAAGUCUGCUAGCAGCACUGUUCUCCAAAGCCCAACAGGUUUUGAUGAGGAGAAUGGGCGUUCUGAAUCCUAAAGCUAGGAUUGGGAAUGCUGGGACUUGUAGUUUCUAUAUACCUGGAGGGCCGAACCUCCCACUUCCUAGCCUCCCUCUGUUGCAAGGUUGGGGAGCAGAGGUUGCAGAACUCUAACUCCCAGCCUCCCUUCCCAUUAACUAUGCUUCUUGGGGGUGCUGGGACUUGUAGUUAAUCAUCUGAAGGGCCAGAGAUCCCCCCCCACACACACACACACUUCUGUUCUCUGUUGAUGCCAUUUGCUCUGUCUUUCCACUUCAGCCUUCCCUACACCUUUUGGUUGCCAUUUUUUAAUUAUAAAUGAUACUGGACAUUGAACUGCAUAAAAAAUGUAAGAGCUGGCAGCUGAAGUACUGGGGAUAAAUCGUCUGGAUAGGUAUUUAGUUUUCCUGGUCCAUUGGUUUCCGUAUUGGAACUUGGUAGAAGACGUUUGGACCGUCAAAAUGCCUGGAACCCCUUUACAUCAUCUGUCUGACGCAGGAGUGUGGGCUGGGGGAGUCAGUAGGCACGUACUGCCAUUGAGACCCAUUGCAACAACUCCUUUUCUGCUAAUUCCCUGGAGGGCAAUUUUCACUUUAAUCUGUUUGUUGAAGCCAUGUUUUUCCCAAACAUAGCCGGUGCAUGCAUUCUGAGCAUUUAUACAGCUGCGCUGCACGCUUCUGGCUAGCGUGCUCACUUUCUGCGGGGGGAGGGGAGUAUUUGGAUUUUAAGUGUCAAAAGGUUACCCCACCUGGAAACCCCUAGUGCUUUGCAUCUCUAAUGAAUCUCUAAUGAAUUUAGGGCAAGAAAUCAAUUCCCUGCAAUAAUCUUGAGUUACUUCCCAGGAAAUUAUUUCUGCUUGCAUAUUUCUGCUUGUGAAUCAUCUCUGUCACUCUGAAGGCAGAAACUACCAUUUUCUCUUUGUGUGCACUGCAUUUCUUUCUUUAAAAAAAAAAAAGCUUUAAUUUUUUAAAGAUGUGCACAGCUUCUCAGAUGGAAAGAACAGAAUGUGGGUGGCCUUAUGACCACUUUUGCUCGCCCACAAUUUUUUUUCCCAUCUGAGAAGCUGUGCACAACUUUAAAAAACUAAUUAUGGAGCAAAUUCUGACAGCAUUGUGCAGGACAUCCAAAGUGUAGAAAGGGAGGAUGUUAGUGAGUAGCCAAGUCAGACAGAUUUAAGUUGCCUGCAUUGUAUUGUUUUUGAAUUCUAAAUUAGUAAUAAAAUAGAAUUUCUACACAGGA